AACGGCUGGACGCGCAGCACCAUUUUGCUAAAACCGUUUUUUAGGAUUUGACGGGAUAUUUUUUGAAAACGAAGGAGACCCCUGAUAUAACCCCGGGAUAUAAAAUUAUCCCAUAUUCGUCACUAUGAAGUCGCUCGUUUUUGUGGCAUGUUUGGUCAUGAUGAUAUGCGUCAACUUCCAGACUGUUUGCGGGAGAUCUGUGGCAAAAAAAGGACGUCCAGCAGAAAGUCACCGUGGCGCUCAGGAGGAAACGAAAAGAAGGGAUGUAUUCAUCGAAGACUUGAUACGCGGUCCGGGUCAUGUUCAUCAUUCCUGUGAGAUAGAACAUGAUGUAGGAUCAGAUUGUACACUACUAGGUGGUUCCCAUUCCGUUUAUGAUGCUUGCUGUAGUACCACAAAAGCUUUGGCUUGUAAGAAGAAUCAGCAAACACAAGAGUUACAAUGUGUAGCAGUCAGGGGUAUUCAGCAUUUGUCUUCAACCCGCCAGAACACCAUCAGAUAUUUACUUCUGAAACAAAGAGAAAGUCUGAGAGGUCAGAUACUGGCCAGGAACCGAGCCAGACAACAGGCUCUCAAGCAAAUCUUUGAAUCAAUUUUGCUAUGUGAUUAAUUUAUCCAUUAUGUUGAAUUUAUAUUGAUUGUGGAAUAAAUAAUUUGCACAA